AAUCAUUUCAGUUACUCGCCGUUUUGUGAUGUUCUCCGGAAGACAGUUUUGUCGGCCACGCCGUCGUGUUUUCUAUAUCUUUGUCUUUUUUAUAUGUAAUUUAUUAUUUGUGUUUCUAUGUAUCAGUGAAUGGGGCUAUAAUGACCUGCCAGCCAGUGAACUCAACAAGAGUAGUGAUCACCAUCUGGAUUAUCGUGAGUUUAUCUCUCAUACUCCAGAAAGACCACGUGACCUUUACCAGUACAAUCUUAGCUUGAGUGACAGUUUGGGAGUUGUACGUAAAUUGCCAACCACAAGGCAUUACCGUUGCAUAACCCAGCCUUACAACCUUCCACCCCCCUUUGAAUCCAAUCUAAGUGUGGUGAUCAGUUUCCACAACGAAGCGCGUUCGAUGCUCCUGAGGACGAUAGUUUCCCUGCUGAUUCGCACACCGGAGGACUAUCUACAUGAGCUAAUCAUUCUGGAUGAUGGCAGUGAGGAUGUGACCCUUCUGGAUGACCUCAAGCGAUGGAUGGGCAGUGUGUUCUGGGCAAGGGAUCACCUGGGGCUCAUCUUACGCCGAAAUCCGAGGCGCAUGGGCCUGAUUUGGUCACGCAACAGGGGAGCCUCUUUGGCCAGCGGAUAUUAUGUGCUCUUCCUGGACAGCCACUGCGAGGUAAACGAGGGCUGGCUAGAGCCCCUAUUAGAGCGACUGGCACUCAAUCCGCAUCUAGCAGUUAGUCCACUACUUGACCCCAUUGACCCGACCACCCUGAGUUACCGGAAGGGCAGUGAGUUGCUGAAGGGCGGAUUUGACUGGUCCUUGCACUUCCAUUGGCUAAAACGACAGCUGGCUAACCACGAGCACCCAGAGAUGCCCUACCAAAGUCCUGUCUUCGCUGGCGGCGUCCUGAUGAUGUCACGCGAAUGGUUCCUUAAGCUGGGCAGCUUCAAUUCGUUUCUGAAGAUCUGGGGCGGCGAGUCCAUCGAGCUGGCCAUUAAAUUGUGGCUUUGCGGUGGACAAAUUGAGAUCGUGCCCUGCAGUCGAAUCGGACACAUCUUCCGCCGACGCCACGCCUUUGACUUCCCACCGCAAUUCGACCAGGAGUUGAGCUCGGCCCAGGAAACCUAUCUGCAUAACUCAAAAAUCAUAGCCGAGUCCUGGCUGGACGAGUAUAAAAAUAUGUUCUACGCACUGAGGCCGGCGGCCAGGCGAAUUCCAUUGGAUCACACCUACGAUGAGAUGCAGAAGUUGAGAAGGGAGCUUCAGUGCCAUCCCUUUGAAUGGUAUCUGCGGCAUGUCAGUUCCGAACUAAGGAUGCACUUUGACGAGUUGUCUGCCACGGGAACGCUGCGGAAUGAGGAUCGCUGUCUGCAUGCCACACAAAAUGACACCCACUUGAUCCUGGCGAACUGCUACCGCGGCGACAUCACCCAGUGGAGCAUGUUGGGCAACAGUGGACAACUGGCCAACCAGCGGGAAUACUGUCUGGGAGUGGGUUUCAGGAGUCAGAUAAUAUUAGAGCCUUGUGGCAGGAAUGAGAGCACAAGGAAGUCACAGCGAUGGAUGCGCCUCGGCACUCAACUCCUUCACGCCGAGACGCACAUGUGCCUGGAUAAUCCGCUGAAGGACCGAUUGGAGAUGAGCACUUGCCGUUCGAAUGCGGCAUCGCAGUCGUUUCAAUUUGCAUUGGAAAUGGAGAGGCAAACAUAAACUUGGCUAAUGAUACCCACCUGAUACCUGAUGCCCGCCGAACUGAUUCGAUGAGUCUGAGCCUCUUAGCUCCUGCGGCUGAGUUCGGUUGAGUUUGUGGGGUAAAUCUCUUGGCAUGCAGGUAAAUCAAAAUGCUGACAUGUUGUGC